GUUACGUGUCCAUUGAUGUAAAGUGUUCUUAAAACAGUUAUAAUUGAUAUUGUUUAUCGAUAAUUGUCACUAGUGUAAUUUUCACUGAUAAAAAGUAGAUUUUUAUUGAUAUCAACUGUUUGUACUAAGUAACUAAUUAGUUCACUUAGUGCCAUUGUAUGUUAUGGAAGAUUAAACAAUUAUUUAUUAAUCAGAACAUGGCACCAAAUAUUUUGGUAUUCUUGUCAGUAAUGGUUGUUAUCUCAAUUUCAUCCGCCCAAUAUGGACAAUCCAACGAAUGCUGCGAAAACUAUUGUUACAGAAUUGAUGAGCAACCGUACUUGUACUUUGGCACAAAAACUUCAUAUCAGAUCGUCUAUGGAAAGAAAUCUAAUCAACACAUUGUCCCUUCUCUGCGGCUCUGCCCUAUAAGGUGGAGAUGGAACGAAUCAAUUUCAUUGGACAGAGCAAACGAUCUUACGUCUUCUGGAAUUCAAGAACUUAAAUUUUUAGCGAGACGGUACCAAACUCGAUUUAGGGAAUUACUUACUUUGCCAUACUCUGAACAGACAUAUAAAUUCCAGUACACAAAUACUGAUAGGACCCAUGACAGUUACCAAGCCUAUAUUGAAGGUCUGUUUAAUGAAAAGGCUUAUGAAGCGCAUGCAGAUGUUUUAAAUGAAGAUCCUUUAUUACAGAAAUACAAAAAUUGUGCUAAAUGGCAAGAAGAAGUUGAUGAUAACCCUGAAACUUUAACCGAGUAUAAUAAGUUUAAAGAAACACAGGAGUACAAGGAUCUUGUGAGGUCCGUAUUUAGAAGACUUGGAUUUAAAUAUACUCUCAAUGAUAGUGUCAUUGAGGAUAUGUACGACAUGUGCCGCUACGAGAAGGCUUGGUAUGUUAUGAGACCAUCAACAUGGUGUGCUGCGUUUACAAAACAACAGUUAAAAGUAUUGGAAUAUGCCGCUGAUUUGAUCGAUUAUUAUCGAACAGGAUACGGAAACGAGAUGAAUAGUCAAUUGGGAUGUCCUCCGUUGAAAGAUUUGUAUGAACGAUUUGAAAGAACUAUUAAUGGGAGUUCCUUUGAACAAAAAGUGGCUGUAUACUUCACACAUUCUGCCACAAUACAACUCUUUGUGACAGCGAUGGGCUUACUAAAAGAUUACACACCAUUAACUGCGGAUAAUUACUACACACAAGCCAGAAGACAGUGGCGUACAUCUUCGAUUGCGCCUUUCUCAGCGAACGUGGUAGCAGUGCUUUAUGAAUGUGACCAAGGCGACAAACACAGGGUGAUGUUCUUCUUGAACGAAAAUCCUGUAGAUUAUCCAGGAUGCCAGGUGGGUUUAUGUUCAUGGCAAACUGUAUCAGAAAAGCUAAGAAACGCAGCCCAAAGUUGCAACAUGGAAUUCUGUGAAAACGCUGCGCAUAUUAAGUCCGUCUCUGUUAUUUCAUUUAGUCUAACUGUACUCAGUAUUCUAGUCGUUAAAUUAAUACUUUAAUUGAUUAAGAUUUUUUCUUGUUAAUAAAUCAAUAAUAAGGAACAUCUUAAAACAUUACUAAGGGAACUUGUUGCUAGGUGUUUAAUGUGAGUAGCCCUUGCGUUUCUAUAUGUGGAUGUUAGAUAAGAUUGCUACUCACCCACCCUCUUGAUACAAAAUACUUUUUAUUACUAAAACGAACUUGCUUUUAUAUUUUCUUUUAUCGUGCAGAAUUUACACUGAAGAUAAUUAUUCAUAAAAUUUUAUGAACUCGUUUAAAUUUGUUUCAAACUAAUUUUACAUUAUAUACAAUUUAGUUUUUUCUUGGUUCUGCCCCCUCUUGUAAUAAAAAGGCGAGUACACUUACAAGCGCUAGUUGAAUGUUUAAUAGAGCACCCUGUAUGUCAGUUUAAUGAUUUACAUCUGUCUUGUUUUAAUUAAAUGCCAUUAGAUCGAAUUAGUAUUAAAUAGUAUUUUGAAUAUCCAAUUGUUUCUAAUUAUAAAUUGUUCAAAGUAUCUUAUUUACAAUAAAUUGUAGGCACCAGCGUUUUGUAGUUCACUAGAUAUUCAUUUUUAAAAUUAAAUUAAUGUUACUCUUAAAACAAUACGUAAGUUGUUACUUGCCCAACUCUCGUACCCGUCCAUGUUUUAAUGUAAAAACUUAAACGUAUCCUGUACCUACACUACUGUAUCUCGGUUUUAUCAAAAACAACUUUUUUUGUAUUAGUAUUUGACUUAAAAAUUGAUGAAACUAUUGUUAAUAAACUAAUUGGUUUGUAGUCAUACAAAAUAACGACAAGUUUAGAGUGUUUGCUGUAAUGUGUAUUUUUGUAUUAUAAAUAUAUCACAUUCAUUUACAGUUUACUAAGAGUCAAUACAAUAGAGAAAGUUUGUAAUUAAGUUUAAAAACUAUUGCAUAAAGACCAUUAAGUGUUAAGAACAAUUUGUUACGUUACCCCCUUCCAGGCUUCUAUUAAUUAGUUUAAUUAAAAGUGAAAACUAGCAUCAUAUUUACAGGGUGGACUAAAAGAUUUGAAUUGGCCACUGUGCAAGCGUGAACAGGGGCGUUGUGAGGGGAUUUACUAAACUCAAGAGUAGCCAAUAGGGAUUUCAGUGUCAUGACGUUCUUCAACGGAGCACAAAAAAUUAAAUUAA